AUGACUGUGUCGGUAUUACUCGCAGGCUACGGCAAAAGUGUGAUAUUUCAGCUGUUACCGUGGUUUUGUCAGCUGAAAAUGGAGAAACGGAAACCAAUGAGCGUGAUAGUCGUGUCCCCGCUGAAUUCCCUAAUCCAGGACCAAGUCAUUGCAAUGAGGAAGAAGGGAUUUAAUGCUUGCAGUUUGAACGUCACUGGUACUCAUGGCUCAACUUAUGAAGAUGCGGAUUGCGAGAACGAUGAGGAACAGGAUCAUGAAUAUGUUGAAAUUGAUGUUCCAUUUGAGCAACUGGAUAGAGGAGACUUUUGCAUAAUUUAUUGUCAUCAAGAGGCACUAUUGAAGACCAGAUUUUCUGGACUUCUUAGGUCUCAACUGUACCAAGAGGUCAUUUGUGCAGUAGUCAUAGAUGAAGUCCAUAUGGUUUCAGAAUGGGGAGAAGAAUUCCGUCCUGCAUUCCAGAAGCUUGGGGAGUUAAUGUGCAUUCUAGAGAAGGCUUUGCAUUUAAUUCUGACAGCAACUGCUACACCGAAAUCAAUUGCAAGUCUAGCUAAAGAGCUGAAUUUGAAAAAUCCACUUGUUAUCAGUGAGAAUGUGGACCGUCCAAACAUAUUUAUAGACAUUAGAAACAGAUUGCCAAACAUUCAUAAAUUUGACAAAUUUGGUGACUUGAUUGAACCGGUGGCAACAGAAUUGCUGGAAAAAGGAGUUCAUUUUCCAGUAACCAUAAUGUAUGUGGAAAGUUUGGAAGCAUUGUCUUAUUUUUAUCAGUUUCUUUCGUAUAAACUUAAGGGCGCCAGCUAUGAUGGUGAGGAAAUCCCACAGAACAGAAUAUAUGCCCAAUACCACAAAGAUUAUGCAGAGUCCAUUAAGAAAAUCAUUAUUCAGGAACUGACUAAAGAAACCCCUAAAGUCAGAUUAGUUCCACUGGGAAUGGGGCUCAAUGCUCCAAGUGUUUCACGUAUCAUUCAUUGUAGGCCCCCAACAACACGUGAGAAAUACCUACAGGAAAUCGGUCGUGCUGGACGUGUUGGACAACCGUCAAUGGCAAUUCUUUACUACAACAAAAAUGAUAUUGCAAAAAACAGAAUCGGUAUGACAGAAGAAAUGAGGAAGUGUUGUGAAAGUGAAACCUGUUAUAGAAUUAUUCUUGUGAAUUACAUUGGAUUUGAAAGUGUUGUUUUUUCAAGACCAAAAGAACAUUGUUGCUCCAUUUGUAGCAGAAAAUGA